AUGUCUUCGAAAUCGCAAUUGAGCUAUGCUGCUCGUGCUAGCAAGCAUCCCAAUCCCCUCGCCAAGAGGCUUUUCGAGAUUGCCGAAGCCAAGCACUCCAAUGUCACCGUCUCCGCUGAUGUGACGACUACCAAGGAGCUGCUGGAUCUUGCUGACCGUCUCGGUCCCCACAUUGCCGUGAUCAAGACACACAUUGAUAUCCUCUCGGACUUCGGCGACGACACCAUCAACGGUCUGACCGCGCUCGCCAAGAAGCACAACUUCCUCAUCUUCGAAGACCGCAAGUUCAUCGAUAUCGGCAACACCGUCCAAAAGCAGUACCACGGUGGUGCGCUGCGGAUUUCCGAGUGGGCCCAUAUCAUCAAUUGCAGCGUGCUCCCUGGCGAGGGUAUCGUUGAGGCUCUGGCACAGACCGCAUCGGCACAGGACUUCCCCUACGGCCCUGAGCGCGGACUUCUGAUCCUGGCUGAGAUGACCUCCAAGGGAUCAUUGGCUACUGGAGACUAUACUAAGGCGUCGGUUGACUACGCCCGCAAAUACAAGAAGUUUGUUACGGGCUUCGUGUCGACGCGGGCCCUGACCGAGGUGCAGACGGAUGUGACUUCGGCCUCGGAAGAUGAGGAUUUCGUCGUCUUCACCACGGGCGUGAAUCUCUCUUCCAAGGGCGAUAAACUUGGACAACAAUAUCAGACUCCCGAAUCGGCCAUUGGACGAGGGGCUGACUUCAUCAUUGCGGGACGGGGAAUUUAUGCUGCUCCAGACCCGGUCGAGGCAGCUCAGCGGUAUCAGAAGGAGGGAUGGGAUGCUUAUAUGGCCAGAGUGGGCGGCAAGUCAUAA